CAGAAGGAGGAGGAAGGGGAGGAGCAGGAGGAGGUGAGGGGAGGUGGCCGAGGCUGCCCGUCCUACCCCCCACGCCUCCGGGCCAAGCCCAUCACCUGGGACCGGGAGUGCGGGACACUGAGGCCAUGGAGCACAUCACGCUGCCCAAGAGAGCCAUCCCUUUUAAUAAAGAAUAUAAAAGAGGAAGAAAAAAAAAAGUUUAGUGAGACUGCCAACAUGUCAGAAAAGAUCGCCAUUAUACAAAGCAUUGCCCACCUGUGGUCCCUCGCAUUUUCAGAGAAUCGGAAGGCGGUUAUCUUCUCCUCACUUGUUUCCAGGGCGAAGUAGAAGAUAAAAGCCAGGAUUGUUUAAGAACGAACAUGGAAGCAUGAUCUAGGCCUGGAAGAAUGCAUCAGGAACAUGAAAGUUUUGAGUAAACUGUGGCUGGUGAUGAACAACUCAGACUUUUUCUAGCACUUUAUGAGGAAGGUGAUGAAUGCAAGGAUUGUCAUCCUGAUUUUCCAGCGCUUGCCCUGAAGGGUCACAAAGAACAGCUUUAGGUAGAACAGAACUGACUGGUGAUGUUCCGGCAGAAUGCGUAAAUGAUCAAGAAAAUUGUUUAGUGCUUGCUAUGUGAUAAGCUCUGGAUAUCCAAAUAGAAAAGGAGAUUUGUCCCUGCCUCUAAGGGGCUCUCAUUCUAAUAGGGGCAGAGAGCAUACGUAGACAAGAGAAGAGGUGGCAUUUCGAUGUAUCUCCUUUCCAGGUGCUUUCUGCAGUUUAGGUUGAAAAUGUCCUGUUAUUGAACCGUUACGUAAACAAGAAACCAGCUAACGGGACUCUCUAUCUUACUGCAACCCAUCUGAUAUAUGUAGAUGCUUCUGCUGAGGUCCGGAAGGAAAUCUGGAUUCUGCACCACCACAUUGCUGCUGUGGAGAAGUCAGCCCUUACCUCCAUGGGGCAUCCUCUGCUCUUACAUUGCAAAAACUUUCGGACAGCACACUUUGUCUUUGGGUCUGAAUGGGAAUGUCAUGAAGUACAUGCCUCACUGCUUAAGCUCUCCCAGCCAGUGAGACCAGAAGAACUUUAUGCAUUUUCUUAUAACCCCAAAUCUUCGAAAGAUGACAGAGAAAUGGGAUGGAAAAUGAUCGACUUAAAAUCAGACUACAAACGUAUGGGAGUCCCAAAUGACUACUGGCAAAUAACAGAUGCAAACAAAAACUAUGAGGUUUGCAGCACAUACCCUCCUGAAAUAGUCAUUCCAAAAGCGGCUAGCAAGGCAAUAGUCAUGGGUUGUGCCAAGUUCCGAAGUCGAGGACGUAUUCCUGUGCUUUCCUACUUCUACAAAGAGAACAAUGCUGCCAUAUGCCGCUGUAGCCAGCCCCUCUCCGGAUUUGGGUCCCGCUGCCUGGAGGAUGAACAGAUGUUACAGGCCAUUAGCCAAGCCAACCCAGCCAGCCCAUUCAUCUAUGUGGUAGACACAAGGCCAAAGCUGAAUGCCAUCGCUAACCGAGCAGCUGGCAAGGGGUAUGAAAACGAGGAUAAUUAUGCCAACAUUCGAUUCAGGUUCAUUGGUAUUGAAAACAUCCAUGUGAUGCGGGGCAGCCUGCAGAAACUCCUGGAAGUCUGUGAAAUGAAAGUUCCAUCAAUGAGUGACUUUCUUGCUGGCCUGGAGAACUCAGGGUGGUUGAAACAUAUUAAAACUAUUAUGGAUGCUGGAAUCUUCCUUGCAAAGGCAGUGAAAGUGGAGAAAGCUAGUGUCUUGGUCCAUUGCUCUGACGGCUGGGACCGCACGGCCCAAGUAUGCUCUCUGGCUGGCAUCCUUCUUGAUCCAUUUUAUCGGACGUUUGAAGGGCUAAUGGUCCUCAUAGAAAGGGAAUGGAUCUCUAUGGGCCACAAGUUUUCACAAAGAUGUGCUCACCUGGAUGGGGACCCCAAAGAAGUAUCCCCUGUCUUCACCCAAUUUUUGGAGUGUAUCUGGCAACUGAUGGAGCAGUUUCCCUGUGCUUUUGAGUUUAACGAGCUUUUCUUACUGGAGAUCCAUGAUCACGUUUUCUCCUGUCAAUUUGGGAACUUCAUAGGAACCUGCCACAAGGAGCGGGAGGAGCUGAAAAUCUUUGAAAGAACCCAUUCCUUGUGGCCUUUCCUAUUACAGAAGAAAACCGAGUUCAGGAACCCACUGUACAAGGGCAUCACUGCUUACGGGGUACUUCAUCCCAACACUUUACCGUUCAGCUUCCAGUUCUGGUGUGGAAUGUACCAUCGUUUUGACAAAGGGAUGCACCCCAAGCAAAGCAUGCUGGACUGUCUCCUCCAUCUUCUGAAUCGGCAAGUGAAGAUGAAGGAGGACAUGACACACUUAGAGACUAAGCUGCCAGGCCUCAAUGUUCUCUCCCUGGAAGAUCCUUGUAUUCAACCUCAGACUGAAAGUGCCUUGAGUAAGCCUCUGAAAAAUCUGCCGCCUGACAUUCCACAGAGCAGUGACCAGCUGCCACCUGCCCUGCUCCCCAGUGGCAGCCUAACUGGGGAAGGAGAUGCACUGCCUGAUCUGUCCCCAAAGCAAAAACAGUCUGUGUUCACCUCAAACCAGCCACCCAGCUCUGGAAAUAGAGGCCAGCAUCAAGAAGAAAAACAUCAGUGAUCUGGCUGCAUUGAGGAAACCAUGACUGUGGAUCUGGGCACCGCUCCACCAAGCGUCAUAAUCCGUGAGAAAGGAAGAUACGGGACCCCAGGAUGUCCUCAACAGGAAUUACCCUUGACCACUCCCUGGAAAUUUGCUUUUUAUUUAUUUUUUUAAAGGUUUUCUUG